UAUCCAAACGAGCUCUUAUUCACAUUAAUUAAUUAAUAAUUAAUUAACGCCACGCACGACGGCGUUGAGUUACUUUUUCCCCCAAUUAUCACCCGACUUGGUGGAUCUGGAUCCAACUACUAGUUGUGUGCGCUCUUCGUCUGGUUGCUUAAAUAUACUCUGUCCGGUUCAUAUUAAAUGGUGUUUUUAGCUUGGGCCUUGUGCACAUCCCUAAAAAAAUCUACUCACUCCUGGAAAUCAUGGCUGGAUCUGGGAGUUCGAUGCUUUAUUCAUUUCUUCUAUUUAUCGCGACGCUCUCUCUGCAGGAAGUGUAUAGAGGAAAGUUAGGAUCUUCAGAAUUGUAUACCAUCCUUGGUGGAUUCACUAGUUCUCUCAUAUUCAUUUUGUUGUUAACGUUCAUCGGAAACUACCAAGAAACGUGUGGUGUAAGGACUGGAUGGGGUGCUGUUAUACUUGCUGAGGUAGUUGCUCUUAUUGCUGCUGGCACUGUUCAUCGAGUUAGCAUCACGACAUGCUUCUUGUUCUCAGCCGCAUUGCUUUAUGAGGUCAACAAGCUCUCGGGUGUGAUGGUUUCUAGAAGCGAAUCUAGAGGCAAAAGGUACUAAUGUACAUUUGGCCUCCAAGGAAAGGACGGUUGGAGCCAUUUGCUUGCCUUUGUACUUUUCAUAGUAAUGUUGUGAGCAAAUUUUACCCGAACUUGCAGAAUGAUAUAUUAAACGAAAUCAUGGCCGAGUUUAUAUCACUACAUUCUUGGUCAUUUUUAGGUUGAGAUAGAUCUGUUGAGCAACUUAAAUUUACAUGAUAGUUUUAUGGUGGAAAUUCCCUAAA